CAAAAGAAUACCAGGAUACCAACACCAACAUAUGACAGCAAAAGGAUACCAAGAUACCAACACCAAUAUAUGACAGCAAAAGAAUACCAAGAUACCAACAUACGACAGCAAAAGGAUAUCAAGAUACCAAUAUACGACA